CAAAGUGCUAAAGCAAACUGAGACAAAAAUACCAGAAACAGAGUCCGAAACUAUGGUUACCGUUCUAAAAUUCUUUUCCGGGUCUGAACACUUCAAUGCAGAUUUGCAAAAACUAAUGAAGCUUGCAUUUUCUGGCAUUAAAGAAAAUACUUACUCGUUUUCAGCAAGCCAUGCUGAGAAUCUUGGAGUUGAUGUAUCGGAACUACGAGGUCUUAUAAUAACAAAAGCAGAGCCCGAACAAUAUCAAUCGCGCAUUGUGAAAGCCGAUCUAAGUUUUGAGUUUUUACAUCAGACUGUGCAAGAAUUAUUAGCCGCUUUUGAACUGUUCAAUAUGAAAAAAAAGCAAUUUGUUAAAUUUGUCUCCGUCGAACUUAACAAACCUCAUUGGCAAGCUACGCGUAAAUUCCUAUAUGGAAUUGUCUUAAACCCAAUAACAAGCAAACUUGCAAAUAAAUAUGUGAAAGGAAAAAACAUCAGUUUACUUCAAUGCGUACAAUCUCUUGAGUUCCAACUCCAGUCGUUUCACAGCAGUGGAACAAUCUCGGACAUUGAACAUGUGACUCUUCUGCAUGAAUGCGGGCAUAAUGUUAUCUUUAGAUUCAAGCAUUUAAUCAAACGAUUCGUGAUUUCACAAGAUACUGACGAAUUCAAGACUUUAAGACCGGGAGAAGAUUAUGCGCUGGCACACGUUUCCAAUAUGUGUCUUCCAUUAGAAUUUAUCAGUGUUAACACGAUCGAGCUAAAUUCAAAUAUAUUGCAACUAAUGUGCGACUCUUCUAAGUCAGUUAAUGUGAUGAGGGUAAAACAGUUGAUAAUUGGAAAAAGUGUUCGGUUGAAUGAUUACAAUAAAAUUGAGCAUUUACUGCAAGACCUUGACGUAGAAAAUGCAGUACACCUAAAAUGUGAUGAAAUGAUAGCCCUGCAGAUUUUGAAGUCGUUAAAUUUAAAAAAGAAGGAAGCGUUAAACAAACUCGUGAUAGGAAGAGAAUAUUCAGAAGAUGUUUUUCGUAACCUCGCUGAGCAGCCGAAAUAUGAAUAUCUCGGAUUUAAUUCAUCAAACCUAACGAAGGAGAAGCUAAAAAACUGAAGGAAUCAUUUACUGGAAGAGUCGAGGUUCAAUCACUGUGGUUCACAAAAGAAGACAAGUUGGAUGCUGAAGGAUAUCAUGACAUUGCUGAACUCCUAUCAAAUGCAAAAUCGAAAGCUUUGGCUUUUGAGUAUUGUCACUUAACAGAUAGAAAGAUUGAUUCGUUUUCCCAAGGUGCAGCAGAACAUGGAGCAAAGCUUGACUACCUGGAUAUUGAAGGUGAAAUUAACAUAGAAGGGGAGGCGUAUCAUACACUGGGAA